UUCCCGGGACAUUUAGGGGAAGCGGUGGGGGGUCCCGUCAUGGGGUAGCCUGACGAGGGGUGUCCAGAGGGGAGGAGGCAUCAGGGCCCAGCCCCAGGAUCCACGGACAGGAGCUGGGGAUUCACCAUCUGUGUGCUUCCCUACUCACUUCUAUUCCCCCAGACUAUUUCCCCCUCCUGUACUUUUGGGAGAUGAAAAUCUUCCUACACUGAAUCGGGGUGCUGGUAACACAACUGAAUGAAUUUACUAGAAAUCAUUGAACUUUAAGAAACAAACAAAACCCAGACGGGGAGGGGAGGUGACCCAGAAAUGCCUAUAAUUUGUCAGGAUAAAAUUAUUGCCUAAGAAAGUCGAGACAAAAGGGAAGCUGAAUAUAAACUGAAAUCAUAUAGAGGAAAAUCAUUCCUCUGGGCAGGAAAAUGGCCGAGGGGCAGGCAGGCAUUUGGGCGCCAGGGGCAUGAGGAAGUCAGGUCUAAGGCAGAGCCAGGGCCGCGAGAAGACUCUAGAACAGCCACUUCAGGGAAGAUGGGAUACGCCCUCCACACACACCCUCACAGAUGCCUUAUGUGCAGGGGCGCCUGGGAGGCUCAGUCCAUUAAGUGUCCAACUUUGGCUCGGGUCAUGAUUUCAGUUUGUGGGUUCAAGCCCCACAUCGGGUUCUGUGCGGACAGCUCAAGCCUGGAGCCUGCUUCAGAUUCCGUGUCUCCUUCUCUCUCUUCCUCUCCUCCGCUCGCACUCGGUCUUUCUCUCUCAAAAAUAAACAUUGAAAAAAAAUAAAAAUAAAGAUGCCUUACGCACAUUGGCACAUAAUGUCUGUGAGAGACCCUAUAACAUAGAAAUCUGUUUAACUUUACUGGAAUCAAUAAUUCUCAAAUGGAUUCAACCCAUGGGCUCCCCUUACCAGGACACCCAAAAGCUCCUCAGAAAAAAGGUGGGAAAAAUGGUUCUGGCGUCUAAGAAGCCUCGAAACCUAGGUUCACCUGCUUGCUACAGAGGCACCAGCACAGCAUAUCCCACACGAGCACAUUCUAGGUCAAUAGGCUCAACCCUGGUGCUGGUAGGUAUGACAGAGGCUCGGGAGCCACAGGAAGGUAGCAAGCAGCCCCGUGAAAUGCCAGGACAGGAACAGGGAGAGGAGUUCAGUCCACUGUUCACUUGUUACACUUCAUUUACCUGAAACCCUCCACUUACCUGGGAAACCCCUCCAUGGACAUCCCAGCCUGGAAACAAGGAUCUCCUCCUUUAGCCUGCCCAGAGAUAGAUUAGGCAAAGGCAAAGGAGUGGAAACAUAAUGCCCGAUGAUUAGCCUAGAAAAAGAUGUAAAUAAGAUAAAAGAUGUUUCUAUGUAAGUGACACCUGCUUGGGAAAAUGGUAAUAAUGGGAAAACUUCAGCUACUAUAUUCAGUGACAUAUAUUCUGAGAAUUUACUAAAAUCAUGUACAAUUCUUUUUUAGCUCAAUUUUAUUGGGGUAUAAAAUGCAUUCAUCUCAAGUGUACAUUUAAGUGGUUGAGUUUUAACAAAUGUAAUCGGGGGCGCCUGGGUGGCUCAGUCGGUUAAGCGUCCGACUUCAGCUCAGGUCACGAUCUCACGGUCCGUGAGUUCGAGCCCCGCGUCAGGCUCUGGGCUGAUGGCUCGGAGCCUGGAGCCUGCUUCCGAUUCUGUGUCUCCCUCUCUCUCUGCCCCUCCCCUGUUCAUGCUCUGUCUCUCUCUGUCUCAAAAAUAAAUAAACGUUAAAAAAAAAUUUAAAAAAAAAUGUAAUCGUAAUUACAAUCAUGACGUAGGCCAUUUCCAUCAUUCCAGAAAGUUCCUUCGUGCCCUUUGCAGAUAGAUAGCCUCCUCCCCAACCUCGUCAUCAGGCAACCACUGAUGCACCUGCUGUUAGUACAGAUUCGUUUUGCCUGUAUCAAAGUUUUACAUAAAUGAAAACAUGCAGUACGUGAAUUUUGACGUGUGACUUCUUUGGGUCAUCAUAAUGCUGUUGACAUUCACCUCUGUUGCUGAGGGUCGGUAAUUGAUUCCUCUUUAGCAGGUGUGCUGGCCGACUCUUGUUCAUCCUGUCCGAUCACCAUGAUGUCACCAACGUAAUUGAUAAGUGUGAUGUUCUAUGGGAUAUCCGGGUGACCCAGAUGUCUUCGGACUAUCUUAUGACAAGGGGCAGGAAGACGACAGCCACGCUGACCCCUUGAGCCACCGUUGUCAGUGAGCAGCGGAGAGGCCACUCAUUGCGGGCCCCCGCCACGGAAAGGAAGGCGCACCGACAUUGAUUUCACCGGACCCGGCAGUACCGGCCACUACUGCACUGGGACGGACUCCAGGGGGAACAGAAAAGACCUGUCCUAGGACAUUGGAACAUGAUUUAUGACAACUUCCAUUAUGAAGCCAUUGAUGAAGAAGAGACAAAGGAGAUGCUCCAUUUCCAAGUACACCAUAAGCUAGCUGGAAUCCCAGAGCAGCUCAGUGAUGGACAACAGAUGAACAUAAUGGAAGGAGAUUCAUCUCAUGACCCAAAUGACACCGUAAGAACUGAGGAAAUGGAAAAUAAACGUGCCCAAGAAUUUGAACAAACAGAGUUCUGUGAACAUUCACUUCUCCGAAUGAAUAAUUUCAGUGUGCCAGAAGAGAGACUCAACUUACUGUCAUAUGUGGGACAAGUUUCCUAUGAGCAUGGCACUCUCCAGUGGACAAAUGGUGGCCAUUUUGAAGAGAUGUCCAAACUGCUACCAGGUGAUGGGGGAGCAUCCUGUGAACUUGUGGCUCUACAAAGGGAUGAAGGAGGAGAAUCAGAAGAAAUUCCCAGAUUACUACCUUAUGAUGAAGAAGUGACCUAUGAUUCUAGAGCUCUGCAAAUGACUAAUGAAAGAAAACCAGAGGAGAUGCCCAGCCUACCUGGAGAAGAGGGAGAAGAGCAUGGCCAUGCCAUCUGGGACAUCAGUGAUGAAGAAGAGCCUCAGGAAGUCUUGAGCUCCCCAUCAGCAUGUGGGCCAGGGUCCUGUGAUCCUGAAUCUCCUCAAAUGACCAGUGAAGAAGCACCAGAGAAGGUGCCCAGCCAAGUACUAUAUGAUGGGGAAGAAAGUAGCAGUGACUGUUUAGAGAUGUAUUAUGAAGAAGACCCCCAGGAAGACUGGAGCUCACUGCCAGAAAGCGAAUCAUCAUAUGGUGAACUAGAAGCUGUCCAAAUAAAUAGUGAGGAAGAAUUAGAAGAGCUUACUUCCAGCCUACUACCCUAUGAUGGACAAGGAGCAGAGCCACCAGCACAUGGAAAUGAGAAGUGUACCUGUGUUAUGUGCUUCUCAAAGGAUGUGCCAGAAGGUCCAGAAGCAAGCACUGCAGACAGCGAAGCAUGUGCCAUGAUAGAUACUGUGGAUCUUAGAAACAACUCUACUUCGGGAAAACUCAAGAGGAAAAGAAGAAAAAAGAAAGGCCAUUGCUGGACAAGACAUAAAAGGAAAUUUCAGAGAAACAUAUCCCAAAAAGAGAGCAGCAACACUCCUGGCCAGUUGGUCUCCAGUGGGAAAAAGGGGAAAAUGCAUCUGCGAGAACCUGCCAAGAUCAAGGGGAAAAAGAGAGGCAGACCUCCUGUUUACUCAACUCAUGGUGACAGAGCCUCACGGAAAAGAGUCCGGUCAAAAGGGUCAAGAAGCCACACAGAUUCUAUGGUGGAUUUUCGCUCUCAAAUACUUCCUGUGACCUGUGGUGAGGUGAAGGGGAUGUUAUAUAAGAAGAAACUGAAACAAGGAGGAUCCCUGGUGAGAUCUAUACAGAGUGAGGAUGGAAAAUGGUUCACCCCCAGGGAGUUUGAAAUCAGAGGAGGCUACGCAAGAUCAAAGAACUGGAAGCUGAGUGUGCGCUGUGGUAGGAGGCCUCUACGAUGGCUGAUGGAGAAAGGAUUUCUACAUAAUCCUCUAAGAAAAUAUUUCAGGAAAAGAAAGAUAAUACCAAAGUCUCACAACAAUACCUUAGUUAACCCUUAUCCGGGAAACUCCGAUGUGUGUGAGAUGUGCCGGGAUGGAGGAAAGCUGUUCUGUUGUGACACCUGUUCAAGAUCUUUUCAUGAGGACUGUCACAUCCCACCAGUGGAAACUGAGAGGAACCCGUGGAGUUGUACCUUCUGCAGGAUGGAGUUUUUGGAAAGGCAGCAGUGUCACGGGGAAUCUGAGGUCCUGGAGAGGCAGAUGCAGCCGGAGGAGCAGUUGAAAUGUGAGUUCCUCCUCUUGAAGGUCUAUUGCCAUUCAGAGAGCUCCUUUUUUUCGAAGAUUCCAUACUAUUAUUAUAUUAAAGAGGUGUCUCAAAACCUAAAGGAACCCAUGUGGUUGGACAAAAUCAAGAAGAAGCUAAAUAAACAAGGCUACCCUAGAGUAGAGGAGUUUGUGCAGGACAUGCGCCUCAUCUUUCGGAACCACAGGGCAUCUUACAAGUACAAUGACUUUGGCCUAAUGGGACUUAGACUGGAGGCAGAGUUCGAGAAGAAAUUCAAGGAAGUGUUUUCUAUUGAGGAAGCAAAUGAGAGGAGUUCACUGGUGUAGUGGAGGCUGUUGACACCCUGGAAAAUCUCCUUUUUGGGCAGAACUUUCAUGUCCCAGCUGCUGUGAGGGUUGGCUGCUGAUGACACUCUUCCCCAAAGUACCACCCUCUGCCAAUGCCAACUUCACCUGGAGAUUACACCUCUUGGGCGUGGGGGCCGGCUUCCAGCUCCAAGGUGGAACCAACCUGUAGUGAUCCGUAUCCCUUCACUUUCCACGAGAUCAGGCUGGGGCUAGUCUCCAGCUGGUACCAACCCAUGCUUGGCUUUUCCUACCACGCUAUCCUGCUUCCCUCACCCCUCUUCUUCUGAGAAAAUUCUCAUAAUAAAUCACUUACUCAAGA